AUGUUCGAUAAUACUGACUCGGAUGUCAGCUUCCUCGUCCGUUCUACAGCAGACCCUCGCGACUUCUGGCACGUCCCUGGUAGAGGCCCGCACGUAGGCACGCUCCUCGUCUCGCGCACAGACCGCACACGUUUCCGCAUCACCGCCAGAGACGCGCCGGCGCCGCUCAACGGCAGCCCUAUCAUUUUGAUCGGCUCGGACACCGUCGAGAUUACAGAAGCGAAGACGGGACGUGUGGUCGGGAUCGACUCCCAGGCGAGCAAGCAGCUUGUGGUAGAGGAGCGUGGAGAGGGAACGUUGGAACCUGGUCUCGAAGUGGCGCUGGAAGGGCUCAACGCACAAAUUUAUUUUAAGGAUCUCAAGACGAGCUUUUCUGCGUUGUCCGAAGAUGGUGACAAGUCUGUAGCGAGACGACUGGUGGUCGGCGAUGGAGAGGAAUGGGAGCUGGUGUGA